UCCCGGCACCUCUGUUCUGUGCGGGUCGCUGAGAAGCUCCGCACUUGGUAGCUUUUGGGAAGCAGGCUGUUCUCUCCUGGAGAGCGACUUCUCGAGAUUUCUGCUCCAUUCCUUCGGGCGUCUGGCGGCUUCCACCACUACAGAAAAACAAAAGUGUUUCUUUCUCCGUGACUGACAGCUGGGGUCUUCUGACCGCCGGUGGGUCCGUUGCACUCAGGUCGGAGCUGGGCGGACCCGCCCCCAUCCUGCGUUGCCAUGGCCGUGUCCGCCCAGCAGCUGGAGGAGGAGUUAGAGAUCUUUGGCCUGGACUGCGAGGCGUCCGUGACAGAGAAAUUGGCGGAGCUGUGCGUUCUGUAUGGACAGAACGAGGAGGGAAUGGUGGGCGAGCUCGUCGCCUUCUGCACCAGCACACAGAAAAGCCGCCUCACCCCGGAGGUCCUGAACUCCUUUGAGCACGAGUUUCUGAGCAAAAGAUUGUCCAGAGUCCGUCGCGGUGCCGGCAAGGACAGCGGGCACGCGGGGGCCAGAGACAUCGUCUCCAUACAAGAGCUAAUCGAAGUGGAGGAGGAAGAGGAGACCCUCCUGGACUCGUACACCACACCCUCGAAGGGCGCUCAGAAGCGAGCUGUCACCACCCCAGAAACGCCCCUCACGAAAAGGAGGGCGUCUGCCCACAGCCCCCAUCAGCUUCUCUCGCCGUCGAGUUUCUCUCCAAGUGCUACCCCCUCUCAGAAGUACAACUCGAGGAAUAACCGAGGAGAAGUGGUCACCUCCUUCGGCUCAGCGCAGGGAGUGUCUUGGGCCGGGAGAGGGGGAACCGGCGUCGUCAGCCUGAAGGUCCUGGGGAGUCCAGAGUCCCUGACCGGGAGCUACAAAUUCAUGUUUCAGAAGCUCCCGGACGUCCGAGAAGUUUUGACCUGUAAGAUAGAAGAACUUGGCAGCGAACUCCAGGAACAUUACAAGAUUGAGGCUUUUACUCCUGUCCUAGUUCCAGCACAAGAGCCCAUCACCCUGCUGGGCCAGAUCGGCUGUGACAGCAACGGGAAGCUGAACAGCAAGUCGGUGAUUCUGGAGGGAGACCGGGAACAUUCCUCUGGCGCGCGCAUUCCGGUGGACUUAUCUGAGCUCACGGAAUACUCCCUGUUCCCCGGACAGGUUGUGAUUAUGGAAGGAAUCAACAGCACGGGUAGAAAAUUUAUCGCCACUAAACUCUACGAGGGCGUGCCACUUCCGUUUUAUCAGCCCACCGAAGAGGAUGGAGAAUUUGAGCAAACCACGGUUCUGGUGGCCUGUGGGCCGUACACCACGUCCGACAGCAUCACGUAUGACCCCCUGCUCGACCUGGUCGCCGUCAUCAACCGCGACCGGCCAGACGUCUGCAUCCUGUUUGGCCCUUUCCUGGAUGCUAAGCACGAGCAGGUUGAGAACUGCCUGCUGACGAGUCCGUUUGAAGACGUCUUCAAGCAGUGUCUGCGAACGAUUGUUGAAGGGACGCGAAGCUCCGGCUCGCACCUCGUCUUCGUCCCGUCGCUGAGAGACGUGCACCACGAGCCUGUGUACCCGCAGCCGCCCUUCAGCUACCCCGACCUGCCUCACGAGGACAAAAAGCGAGUGCUGUUCGUGUCCGACCCCUGCAGCCUCUGCGUCAAUGGCGUGGUCUUCGGCCUGACGUCCACGGAUCUGCUGUUCCACAUGGGGGCCGAGGAGAUCAGCAGUUCUGCUGGAGCGUCGGACAGGUUCAGCCGAAUCCUCAGGCACAUCCUGACGCAGAGGAGCUACUACCCGCUGUACCCUCCCCAGGAAGACAUGGCCAUUGACUACGAGAGCUUCUAUACCUACGCACAGCUGCCCGUCACCCCGGACGUCCUCGUAGUCCCAUCCGAGCUGAGAUACUUUGUGAAGGACAUCCUCGGCUGCGUCUGUGUGAACCCCGGGCGCCUGACCAAAGGGCAGGUGGGGGGCACCUACGGCCGGCUCCACCUCAGGAGGCAGACCGCCGACGGCGAGAGGAGGCAGAGUCCCUGUGUCGCCGCCCAGGUGGUCAGGAUCUGAGGCCUCCUGCGCUCUGCCGCUCCCACCUCUCGCGCCCUCCCAGCCGCCAAGAACUCGGGCGCAGCCUGCCGACGAGAUCCCAAGCUUGGCAGGUGGAGGAGAGGAGGCAGCCAGCCGGGAAGGAGAGGGAAGGAGAGGCGCGGCGCGGGCGCAGCGGGGGAGGCCGGUGCAGCCGCCCCCGGCUCUGGGCUCUGGGCUCUGGGCUCUGGGCGAGCGUCCCUGGGAGAACGUUUGUUUCCGGCACGCGGAGCCCGGAGUGAACUGGCUGUGGAUGCAGCGUGCUCAGAAGAAGCAAGAAGGCUUUGUGAUUUUCUACAUGAAUCAGGCACAGAAACGACUUUUGGAGAAGUAAAAGUAAAUUGGGAGUGUAA